GUGUGCUCACGUCACGUGCAUGCUCUAGUGAGGCGGCGAGUGUUCGACGACAUGGCGCUCCUCUCGGCUCCCGUGCGCCGCCGCCGCUCGCGCGUGCGUGUCCUGCUAGUGUGCUGCUGCUUGCUACUGGCGCUCGCGGCGCCGUCGGCGGCGGCGGCGGCGGCGGGGCAUGACUACGGCGACGCGCUGGCCAAGUCGAUCCUGUUCUUCGAGGGGCAGCGGUCGGGGCGGCUGCCGGCGGCGGGGCAGCGCGCGGCGUGGCGAGGGGACUCGGCGGUGUCGGACGGCGGCGCGGCGGGCGUCGACCUGGAGGGCGGGUACUACGACGCCGGCGACAACGUCAAGUUCGGCUUCCCGAUGGCGUUCACCGCCACGAUGCUGGCGUGGGGCGUCGUCGAGUUCGGCGACGCCAUGCCGCCCGCGGAGCGCGCCCACGCCGCCGACGCCGUCCGCUGGGCCACCGACUACCUCCUCAAGACCAUCUCCCACCCCGGCGUCAUCUUCAUUCAGGUGGGCGACCCAACGAAGGACCACGGGUGCUGGGAGCGGCCGGAGGACAUGGACACAGCGAGGACGGUGUACAACAUCAGCGCGGCGAGGCCGGGGUCGGACGUGGCCGGGGAGACGGCGGCGGCGCUGGCCGCGGCGUCGAUGGUGUUCCGCGACGACGACCCGGCGUACGCCGCGCGGCUGCUCGCCGGCGCCAGGAGCGCGUUCGAGUUCGCGGACGAACACAAGGGCGCGUACAGCGACGACCCGGAGCUCAGGGCCGGCGGCUGCCCGUUCUACUGCGACUUCGAUGGAUAUCAGGAUGAGCUGCUGUGGGGAGCAGCAUGGCUACGGAGAGCCUCCAAGGAAGGCACCUACCUCGACUACAUUCAGAACAACGGCAAGACCCUUGGAGCAGAGGAUAGCACCAACGAAUUCGGCUGGGACAACAAGCAUGCCGGCAUCAAUGUCCUUGUCUCCAAGGAGUUCAUAGAUGGCGAGGUGCUAUCUCUGCAAUCCUACAAGGAGUUUGCAGAUGGAUUCAUCUGCACACUGAUUCCGGAGUCGUCGUCUCCGCACAUCACGUACACGCCCGGGGGCAUGAUCUACAAGCCUGGAGGCAGCAACAUGCAGCAUGUUACAUCCAUUUCGUUCCUGCUCCUGACUUAUGCCAAGUACCUCUCCAAUUCCUCGCGCACUGUCAACUGUGGAAAUGUUUCGGUUGGUCCUGCCACUCUUCAGCAGCUAGCCAGAAAGCAGGCUGAUUAUAUAUUAGGAGAUAACCCGAUGAAAAUGUCAUACAUGGUCGGGUACGGCGAUCGGUAUCCUCAACGGAUACACCAUCGAGGAUCAUCGUUGCCUUCGAUCAAGAGCCAUCCCCAGCGCAUUGCGUGCAACGACGGCACGCCUUACUACAAUUCAUCUAGCCCGAACCCAAACCCGUUAAUUGGCGCAGUUGUUGGGGGGCCUGGGGAGGAUGAUGUUUAUGAGGAUGACCGUGCCGAUUUCAGGAAAUCUGAACCAACUACCUACAUCAAUGCUCCAUUGGUAGGAGUUCUUGCUUACCUUGUUGGCAAUCCUGAUCCAGGCCAAGGCCAUGUCAGGCAUUGAGAUUGAAUAAUUUGGCAUCUAGAUAUAGAUGAGGGACAGAAGUUAUAAAUAGGGGAAAAUGUAAGAAGUAGGUUUGUGUUAAGAUGGCACUGCCUAUUCAUAGGAUUGGAUUGAAAAGCAUGGGGGUCUAUACAAUAAUGAGAGCUUCUUCCCAUGUUCUCUUCUUUUCUCUUCUGUUUUUGGGUUUGCACUGAAUUUUGUGUGGAUGUGUCAAAGUGCAAUUUUACUGCACUAAUACAGGUGGUAUUGAAGAAACCUGUACUUUGUGUUUUAUAUGAAAGGUUCUCUUACCUGAAAAAUUAUAAGAAAGGUGUUUGACUGUAAA